AUGGAUCCAGAAGAAAUUACUAAAUUAUGCGAACAGCUCAGGCUAGAUUUGGAAGAGAGUGUCGUACCGAUGACGGAGAGUGAAUCGGAAGCUGGCUUUGCUAAAUUAGCCACCUGCCUCGUCGGAAAGGUAAUCGGGAACAGAAAUACAAAUAAAGAGGGACUAGAGUCUGUCUUUCGAUUUAUCUGGAAGACGAGGUACUCUUUUCAGAUUGAGCCGAAAGGGAUAAAUAACAUCUUCUUAUUCCAGUUUGGCUCAGUUGAGGAUAUGAAAAUGGUGCUGAAUGGGGGGCCAUGGUUGUUUAACAAACAAGUGAUUUCUCUGGCUAGACCUGUAGGGGCUGGUGAUAUUAGCGCCAUCGAUUUUAAUGUUAUUCCGUUCUGGAUUCAUCUUCUUAAUCUACCACUGCGAAGGCAAAAUGGGCGCCCGAUUUCCUCAACGACAAACACAAAUAGCCCUCAACAUUCCAGUGAACAUAGUGUCAGUAAAAGAGAGAGAGGUAACGGGGUAACUCAGCCAGUCAAUAAUCAGGUGGAAGAUAAUUCUUCAGAGUCGGGCCAUAAUAUGCAGAAAGUCCAACGUCACAGGUAUUUUCUACAUCAACUAUGCGUCUGCAUGGUGGCUCACAGAAAGGGUGGAAAAGGAAGACGGGCACGCCAUAUUCAACCCGAGAAGGAAAGAAACGGCGGACUCUGCUCAGCAGAGUCGCCGAACUCAAUGAGUUGCCUUUGCUGGAACGUGCAAGGUUUGGGGAAUCCUUGCACGGUUAAAUCUUUACAGGCUUUGGUCGGUAAAGUUUCCCCUGAUCUAGUCUUUCUGUCUGAGACUAGAUUAUUUGGUGCUAAGGCAGCUAAUAUUCGGUAUCUAUUAAAUUUCGGAGGCAACUUUGUGGUGGAUUGCCAAGGCAAAAGUGGUGGGUUAAUGCUCUUGUGGUCUGAUAAUUGGGAGGUUGAAAUCAUAUCUUAUUCGGCGGCUCACAUUCAUGCGCAUAUCAAAGAUCACAACAACAAGUGCUGGAGAUUUACAGGAGUAUAUGGUCAACCUCGAAUGGAAAAUCGUCAUCAUACGUGGGAAUUAAUCAAACGUCUGCAACCUUUAUCAAACUUACCAUGGCUAUGCGGCGGGGAUUUUAGUGAAACCAUCCUCCUAUCAGAGCAAAAAGGAGGUUCUUUCCGAAAUCAAGCUACUUCCAGGGACUUCCAAAUGACUCUUAAUCAUUGUAAUCUACUCAACUUUCAUUUUCAGGGUCGUCGGUUUACAUGGAAUAAUAAGCGAAAAGGUACUGAAAAUAUCCAAGCUCGAUUGGAUAGAUUUGUGGCUACUGAAGAGUGGCAAAAUGAAUUUCCGGAAGCUUGGAUCGAACAUCUUCCCUUUCAGUUCUCUGACCAUCGUCCUAUCAUCCUACAUCAUGACAACCACCUCAAAUUCCAGGGACCUCAGAAAAUUCGCCCUUUCAGAUUUGAACCUUUCUGGCUUCGAGAGAAAUCUCUUUGUGCGGUGGUUCGGGAAGGCUGGGAGGAGGAGCAUGCCCUCGAGAGUAAUAGGGACACCCCCAGCUACUUUAUCAGGAAGUUAACAGCUUGCAGUAAAAAGUUGAAAGAAUGGAGUAAGCAAAAUUUUGUUGGCUGGAGGAAAAAACUGCGGGAAAAUGAGAAGCGUCUUCAAGAACUAUAUGACUCUCCAAAUUCAGAAAAUCUCAUGGAAGACAUUCAUAUAUUGGAGCAGGAAGUGCAUCAACUAUUAGCCCGGGAAGAGAUAUUUUGGAAACAACGAGCACGAGUUGAUUGGCUUAAAGAGGGGGAUCGCAAUACGAGGUUCUUUCAUAAUAGAGCAAAGGAAAGGUUUCGUCGGAACCGAAUCGACAGAAUUCAAAACGACCAAGGAGCCUGGCUUACCAAUGAGGAAGAAAUUGUUCGGCAGGUGACCACUUUCUUCCACCACCUUUUCUCUAGCAGACGCCCGACUGAAGAGAAAAUUCGGCUUAUCACUGAAAAUGUGGGUUGUGGUAUUUCUUCUGACGAAGCUUGCUUACUCGAUGCACCAUUUACAGAAAAAGAUGUCCUAGAUGCCCUUAUGAGUAUCGAUCCUUAUAAGGCCCCUGGGGCCGACGGAUUCCACGCUAUAUUUUAUCAGAAGUACUGGGAGCUUAUUAAGAAUGAUGUAACAUCUGUGUGUCUCAACAUUCUCAAUAAUGGCUACUCCAUGCAGGGCCUUAAUGAUACAGUAAUUGCCUUGAUCCCGAAGAAGAAGAAUCCGGUUCGGGUGAUUGAUUAUCGCCCUAUCAGUUUGUGUACGGUGCUUUAUAAAAUAAUUUCUAAAGCCAUUGCCUCAAGAUUGAAAGUGGUCUUAGAUCCGUUGAUAUCGGCCAACCAAAGUGCCUUUGUUCCUAACAGGCUCAUCACGGAUAAUGCGAUUUUGGCCUUUGAAUUGCUUCACUGA